AUGACAGCAAAUUGUUCCAGCAUAGUGGCCUGCCCUGCCAACAGUUCGGAGGAGGAGUUGCGAGUGGGGCUAGAGGUACCUGGAAACCUAAAACUUGUUUUCACUGUGGCAUUGGCCGUGAUGAUGGGGCUAAUCAUGUUCUCUUUGGGAUGCUCUGUGGAUAUCCGGAAGCUGUGGCUGCAUGUCAGAAGACCCUGGGGCAUCGCUGUGGGACUGCUGUGCCAAUUUGGGCUCAUGCCUCUUACGGCCCAUCUCCUGGCCAUCAGCUUCUCCCUGAAGCCAGCCCAAGCUUUUGCUGUUCUCAUCAUGGGAUGCUGCCCAGGGGGAACCAUCUCUAACAUUUUCUCCUUCUGGGUGGAUGGAGAUAUGGAUCUCAGCAUCAGUAUGACCACGUGUUCCACAGUAGCAGCCCUGGGAAUGAUGCCACUCUGCCUUUAUUUCUACACCUGGUCCUGGAAACUUGAGCAGAAUCUCACCAUCCCGUAUCAAAACAUAGGAAUUACCCUUGUAUGCCUGACCAUUCCCGUGGCUUUUGGUAUCUAUGUGAAUUACAGGUGGCCGAAACAAUCCAAAAUCAUUCUCAAGAUUGGGGCCAUUGUUGGUGGGGCCCUCCUUGUGGUGGUUGCAGUUGCUGGUGUGGUGCUGUCUAAAGGAGCCUGGAAUUCAGACUUCGCCCUUCUGGUCGUCAGUUUCAUCUUUCCUUUGAUUGGCCAUCUCGCGGGCUUUCUGCUGGCACUUCUUACCCAGCAGUCUUGGCAGAGGUGCAGGACUAUUUCUUUGGAAACUGGAGCUCAGAAUAUUCAGAUGUGUCUCACCAUGCUCCAGUUAUCUUUCACUGCUGAGCAACUGAUCCAGAUGUUUAACUUCCCGUUGGCCUAUGGGCUCUUCCAACUGGUGGAUGGAUUUCUCAUUAUCGCAGCAUAUCAGAUAUACAAGAGGAGACUGAAGAACAAACAUAGAAAUAAGAGCCCUGGUUGUGCAGAAGCCUGCCAUAAGAAAACCACUUCUCCAAAAGAGACCAAUACUUUCUUGGAGGUGAAUGAAGAAACCAGUGCAACUCCUGGGCCGUCAGGGGCAGUGGAUCUCCACAGGGCUCUUAAGCCAACUGGCCACAUCUCUUCAUAUGACUAGUAGGGACUUGCUGGUCCCCUGGCUUCUUCAGAGGCCAGGAAAACGGUGCAGAGCUGAUGCAUGAAUCCUAGUAGCAGGGCCUGUGUGAAUAUUUGAGUGUCAGAUGUUGGGAUAUUUAUAUUUUUGUGUGGAUGUGAAUUGUGAUAGGAUCCCUUUUUGAAAACGUAUUCUACCCCUUUCCAGAGAGUUCUUUUGGGGGCGUUUACACAACACAUUCACGAGGUGCUGUCUGUGUUCUCGUCUUCCCAGGCAGUAAAUCAUGCCUGGCAAUACCAAAAACCCAAACCAAACCCACUGCCGUCGAGUCGAUUCUGACUCAUAGCAAUAGGUAAUACCCAUGGUUAUGUGAAGCCAUCCUAUAAU